AUGUCUUCAAUACGUAUAAAAGUGCAACUUGGUGAUAAUAAGUCUAGUAAUAGAUCUUAUCGAAAAACAUUACCAUCAUCACUCAAAUUUGUUUAUGUUCUUAAUUCAACAUCAACAAAAACAAUUAAUGAACUUAGACAUUUACUUGAAAAAUAUGUCAUUCGACAAUUUUCAUAUAGUAAUAUACAAAUCGUUCAAUUAAUGACUGAUGAUGGUUAUUUUCUAUCGAAUGAUGACAUAUGUUCAGAUGUACUUGAAGAUAAUGAUCGAAUUAUUUGUGUUGAUAUGGAAAAAUUUGUUGAAGAAAAUUAUUCGACAUUAGAUCUUGAAAAUUUAUGGUGUGAAAUUAAACAACAUGAUGCAAGUGAUAACCUUGAAAAAUAUAUUCAAAUUGGUCUGAAUAAUUUUGGUAAAUUAUUUAUACGAAUCCAUGGUACAUCAACUAUGUAUGGACUUUAUAUGUUUAACAUAUUUGAAUUAAUUCAAAUUGCUAAUGAAAAAAAACAACAAAAUAAUAUCAUUGCUCGAUUUGGUAAUACAAAUUGGUUUAUUGAAGUCAAAUGGGAAUAUGAUUCUGUGUCAAAUACAUGUUUAUUUCUUAUAUGUAGUUUAAAAAUUAGUUCAAAUGAACAAAUAUGGUCUAAUAAAUUACAUAUUUUACUUGAUGAAGUACGUAUGUGUAUAGAAAAAGGUGAAAUAAUUUAUAUGUCAGGUGAAACAAAUGAUGAUGAUAUUUUAAGUGAGCAACAACGCGAAUGUUUAAAAGAACUUGCUUCAAAUAUUCCAUUACCGAAACGAAUUGGUCCAGAAAUAGAUAUUAAUCGAGAUAGAAAUAAAAAAAUAACUAAAUAUGAUUGUGAAGGAGAAUCAUUAAUUCGAAUGACUUAUGGUAGUACAAAUACCGUAACAGCAUAUCAAGAUUUACGUUCGUCAGAAGAUGGUACAUUUUGUCAAUAUUUUACUAUCACACAUAUUACUUUUUCUAAGAAAUUAAGUAAUUUAUCAGAUGUAUUGUAUCAAGAACAUAAAGAAUCUACUGAUAAACAUAUUUCAGUUGUUAAUUUAACUGUAUUUUAUCGUACUAAUGAUGGAUCAUGGCAUGAAUGUGAAGAUGUAGCUAUUGGACCAAUUGCACUACGUAAUGAAGAACCAAGAUGGUUAGCUGAUUCAAUAAUUAAUAUUGAAUCGGAUAAAGUAUUAUCAUAUGCUAUCAAAGGGUGUUUACAUGUUAAAGGUGAACCAGGAAGAGAUAAUGCAACACGAAAACGCAUACAUAAAAGUUUACCACAACCAUUUCAACUUAAAAUAAUUAUAACAGAUAAUUUUAAUAAACAAUGUUCAUUAAUUGUUGAACAAUUAAAUAAAUUUCUUGAAUUUGAUACAGCUGAAUCAUUUGUUAAAUAUAAUCAAACAUCGAUUAAAGAGUUUUUAGCAUUUGUUUAUGCUGAUGAUUGUGAAUAUGAUGAACGUAUUUUUAUGGCUAUUUACUUAAAUACAGAAAAUCAGCUUGUUAUUAAAUCAGGUCAUAUGUAUUCGAUUAUAUUAGAACGAAAAAAUAUUCGUACGAUGGAAUUCAAUGCAAAACAAAAUCAAACAACAGAAGUAUUAUUUGAUUCAAUUUAUUAUCAAUCUGGUAAACAAGAAAAAAAAGCCAUAGCUUUAUUUGAUUCACAAACUUAUAUGUUCUAUGCUAUUCGAUUGGAAAUAUCAACGAACACUUCAAAAACUGAAGAAACUGUAAUUUUACCAUUAGAAAAAAUCAAAUAA